AUGUGUAUUAUAUCUGGGAAGAGGAAUACGAAUUCAUACAUCGUGACACGGGGCUGUGCUAUCGUCUGCGUGAGUGAGAAGCUCGAACUACUGGAAGUAAAUGGAGAAGUUAAUCAAAAGAAUGCUCACGAAUUUGCGAUUAAUGAUGGAGCCGAGGAAGAAGUUGCAACAGAAUUUGUUGCUGAAGCUAGUGAUUGUGUGACUCAACACAAAGGCGUGGACGAUGAGUGUCUACGAGCGCUGCCAAUAGCGAAGUGCUUUCGAACCAAAAACAAAGACCUCGACUGA